AUGGGGAGUUCGCAGCAACAGAAACAGCAAGAGCAACUGAGUGGUGGAAAUAACAGCCAUUGGAUCGGAGCCAUUCCAGAGACACCACCAGCCGGCGGACAAUACAAUCAGAUUCAUGAGAAACAGAAGCGUGAAUGGAGAAAUUUUUUGUCAUAUGUUGGCCCGGGUUUCUUGGUCUCAUUGGCAUAUCUUGAUCCCGGAAAUUUGGAAACUGAUUUGCAAGCUGGUGCAAACCAUGGAUAUGAACUACUUUGGGUGAUACUUAUCGGAUUAAUCUUCGCUCUAGUUAUACAAUCACUUGCAGCUAAUCUUGGCGUAAGCACGGGUAAACACCUCUCAGAACUGUGCAAGGCUGAGUACCCCCAAUAUGUCCGAUACUGUUUAUGGAUACUAGCUGAGAUUGCUGUCAUAGCAGCUGACAUUCCUGAAGUGAUUGGGACGGCAUUUGCACUAAACAUAUUGUUCCACAUCCCAAUUUGGGUUGGAGUUCUUUGUACUGGUUUGAGUACUCUCCUACUACUUGGCCUCCAGAGAUACGGUGUGAGAAAGCUUGAAUUUUUGAUAGCGGUAUUGGUAUUCAUCAUGGCUGCAUGUUUUUUUGGUGAACUAAAUUAUGUGAAGCCUCCUGCAAAGGAUGUAAUGAAAGGAAUGUUCAUUCCUAAACUCAGUGGCAACGGUGCAACUGGUGAUGCCAUUGCACUAUUGGGCGCCCUCGUCAUGCCGCAUAAUCUUUUCUUGCAUUCAGCUCUUGUACUCUCUAGGAAAAUACCAAAUUCGGUUCGAGGCAUCAAUGUAAGUUGA